AUGGUCGUCCCGCAAGGACGAAAGGAGUACAUCUACAGGAAAAGCGAUUUCCAGUGUGACGUCAUGGUUCAGACCAAAGGUAAAACAGAGGCAGAGAUGCUAAGGAUUGUGUCUGCGGGCGCGCCUGCGCAGUUGAUCGUCGUCGUAGCUGGCCAGGCAAGACGGGCCGCUUCCGCGCAAGUCCGCGUGGAGGCAGUGAAGAUUGUGCUGCCGGGACAGCUGCAUGGUGCGCAGUCCUUGCUUCACAACACGCCCAUGGAGUACAAGCUUGUGGCUCUGGAGAACACGCAACUGCACAGGGUAUCACACAACAUGGUCUCCCAAGUCCUUGGAAGUGACCUCGGUGAAGUUGUCCGGUUCAACGAGAUCAAGCGCGUGCUUGGGGACAUUUUCUUGUUCAAAAACUUGCAAAAUGAUCAGAUGGAGCGCGUAGUGCGCAGCUUCGAGAAAUGUGAGUAUGCAAGCGGACAAAAGGUGGUGGAGCAGGGGGAGGAGGCCAACCACUUCUACCUGAUCCAGAGCGGGACCAUUGCCAUCUUUCGGAAUGGCGAGCGUCUCCGCAGUUUGCUGAAGUGGGAUUACUUCGGAGAAAGAGGCCUUCUUCUUCAAGAGAAUCGCUCAGCAACCUGUCAGGCUGAAGAGCCCUCUGUGCUGCUCCGCCUAGAAAAGGCUGUAUUCGCAGACAUUGUGGGCAUCUUCAGGAAAGAGCUAGAGCAUCGCAUGAUGCUGCAAGACCUCAAAAUCGAGAUGUCCGACUUGUACGUCAAGGCAGUAGUCGGCCGGGGCUCCUUCGGGCUCGUGAAGCUGGUGUAUCACAAGCGCGACAGGCAGAAGUAUUAUGCCUUGAAGUGCAUUGGCAAGAAGCAGGUGGUGCAGCAAAAGCAAGAGAAAUCUAUGCUUCUUGAGCGCGAGAUCAACGCGCAGUGCUAUCACCCUUGCAUCAUGCACUUCAUCACCACCUUCCAGGAUGCCAAGAACGUCUAUUUUCUGACGGAGUUCCUUGGAGGGGGCGACCUUUUCACAGCCAUCCGUGAGAUUGGCAAUCUCAGCAAGCGGCAAUCGCAGUUCUUCGGAGGCUGCAUCACGCUCGCGCUCGAGUACCUUCAUGGGCGCUCCAUUAUGUACCGUGAUCUGAAGCCAGAGAAUGUCGUUCUGGAUUUUAGAGGGAAUGCCAAGCUGGUGGACUUCGGUUGCUGCAAGAAGUGUCUUCAGUCUAACACUCUUGUGGGCACCCCGGAGUACUUCGCCCCUGAGAGCAUCAUUGGCAAAGGCUACACAUGCGCCGUUGACUGGUGGGCUUUAGGGGUGAUGAUGCACGAGUUCAUUGUCGGCCCACUCCCAUUCGGACGGGACACGGACGACCAGCUCCAACUUUUGAAGGAGAUUAUGGAGGUCAUCAUUGCAAUGAUUCUUCGGGUCUUUGACAGACCUUCAGGCAGAUUGCGUAUUGACGGUGCAUGCAGGGCCUAG